UUUAUUGUCUCAAGAGGACAAGAACGAAGCCUCUGCUUCUUCUGGGAACGCAGAUACUGAUAUUUGCAAGACUAUAGAAAAACCAUUGCCAGCUCGCAGAAGAGGGCGACCAAAGUCAAACGCUACACGGAAGUUGGGUUCAGCAAAAGCGGAGAGGCCAACGUUGCGGCAUGCAGCGGAGGGACAGGCAUGAAGACAAGCAUUCUGGCCUAGAUUCAUUGCAGUCAAGUACUGGGAGCGAGACGUCAGAUCUGAAGCCAUUUCCAAGCAACUCUGUGAAGAAAGAAGAUACAGUGGAUAGAGCCAAGACUUGUAUUGAAAAUGUACCAAUGAAAACUUCUGAUAUAGUUGAAACAAGAAAGAACAGGACAAGUGCAAAAAAGGAAGGUGUUGAUGAUUCUGUUGAUGUGGAUAUGUUACUUCGAGAAUGCAACAUUGAGGAGCAGACUAACUUACUACACAUGUACCAGCGAAAACUGAAAAAGAAACGUUUUGUGCAGCAGCCAUUGCGACAUAGUCGUACUAGUUUGCGGAAGUCUGCACGCUUAGCAGCCACAAUGACCUCUGAAUCCGUUGAUGCCCUUGUUGAGGCACUUUCUUCUGUUUUCAUCUCAAAGCAAGCAUCAUUGCACAUUGUCAACAUCGAUGACAUACCGGCAAUUUUUAAGCCAGUAAAGUACUUGCGUCCCAAGCGCACCUCUGAAAGGCCGUUGCGACAGAUGAGCAACGCAAGUAAGGCUGAGGUUCGAAAACAAGAAAAAGAAGAACCUAAGACAAUGCCUGGGAAGAAGGCAAAAGCAAAGAAGCAGUCGCAGCCUUCUUCAGCAGUGCCUGAGUCACCCCCAGAUAUAUUGGCACCACCUUCUGGGGACCGUUGCCUUCCACUCAAAAAGCGACAUUGUCUACUCAGUGAAGACAAGGCUCAAGAAGCAGGCAAAGAAUGUGUGGAUGUAUUGGAAAAGAGCCAAAGUAAGCAUGCCCUUGUAGUAACUGGCACUGCAGAUGCAAGCAAGAAAAAUGCCAGUAGCCCAGCUGAAGCAAUGCCCAGCUUGCCACGCUGUGAAAUACCUGUCCUUACUAAAGCAGCAAAAAAAGCCAUGUACCCUAUUGUCUCAUUAGAACCUUUACCACAGGAUAUGAGAGGAUUCAAGAGAAAACCUGGACCUAAAUGUAGAAAACAGAAGUCAUACCAAGUUGGAAAGAAAAAGUCUUGUAAUUCUAAUAACACUACUAGUUCACCUGUUGAUGACACUAUCGAGAGCUGCAUCCAGAAGUUCAAUGAGACUCUUAAUUCAGCCAAGCUGAAUGAAAAAUUAAGGUCCAGAUCGAAGUCUCCUGUCAAGCAGAGUCACAGGAGUGAUUCAAGCAAUUGGGUGGAACCUGAAAGCGAACCAGUUUUACUGCCUGAAUCCCAAGACUGUGAAUCCCAAGAUGAUCUCCUACUUAAACCACAGUCAGCAUCUCAACCAGAUAUACAGCCUGAUCCUCAGACGCAGUCCCAAGUGCAAUCCGAAACGGCAUCCAAGACUGAAUCCCAGACUGAAUCAGACACUGCAUCCCAGACUAGGUCCCAGAUCGAACUGCAGACUGUAUCGCAGACCGAUCCCCAGCCAGAUUCCGAGCCUCUGUUCGACUCCCAAUGUGAGUCUCACUCGGAGGUGCAGCCUCAGUCCAAUUUACAGUUCCUGCGGGAGCCCAAGCUUGAAUUUCCAACCGAGGAAAACACAGAGACUCAGCCAUCUUCUAAUCUAGAUGAUGAUGAUGACAUUCCUCUAUCUGCUUUAGUUGCCCAACAAGCAGAUGGAUGUGAUGAUGAUGAAGCGGUGAUGUUUGUUGAGGACGAUAGCGAUCCUGAAAAUCCUCUGAAAAAAAUAUCUCUUCUGAAGCAAAAGCAACAGAAGUUGCUAAAAGCUGUUGAACGGGCACGUCGAUCGAAAGAACGUGUUCGCAAGGAUGUGCCAGUUGAAGAUGAUUUGGCGGUCAAUAAGAGGCAUAGGAAACGAAAGAUGAGGAACAGGACUGGGUUCGUGAAGGUCAAGCGAAGAAGGGUCGCAUCGAAAAAGAGUCUUGUUGCCACAUCUGCCUGUGAUGAGGCUGUGGACGGGGCUGCUGAUGCAAUCGAGGGGUCAGCAUCAACGGAAAAACUUCUGGCCCUUGACACUUUUGCAGCAGUUAGCUCUGGCACAGAAGAUUGUGAGAGGCCUGGAAAUAUUUCGGAAAGGCAUCAACAGUCUGAAACGUUGCUUGAAGCUGAAGCUGAUGCCAGUGUUGAAAGAGAAACAGACUGCCAGGAGGAGUUCAAAACAACUUCUGAGGGCGAAGGCAAGCCUGGGAAGACCAGUGAGUGUACUACUGAUGACAAAGACAAGAUGAGCAGUGAUACAGAAAUAGAUGAGAAACUUGAAGAAAAUAAAGAUCCCACAUCAGACAGUAAUAAAAAUAUGGACAGCACGCCAGUGAUAAGAGUGGACAGUAAACUGAAAGCAAGUGCUAACAAGGACAAAAGCAAUAGUGGGAGCAAACCACUAUGCAAAGAAACAGCCAAUAGUGAAGGCAAAGAUGAUGAGAAAACAGGUGUAGAUCGAGUAGCUGUCAGUGAUGAAUUGUCCAAAACAGAGUUGUCUAAGCGUCCUAGCAAGCCAAGAAGCUCCAGAAGGUCAAAAGGUUAUAGGAGGAAAAGAGUUUUCAGGCGAAAAUUAGCGGUAAAACCAGUGAAAAAUGAGCUUCUCAGUGAUGGUAAAAAAUCGGAAGCCACAGUGGAUGCCGCUAAAGACAACUGCGAAGCGAGUGACAAAAACAUAGAAACCGAAGAAAGCAAGGAGCCGGAAGGGUCUGAAAAUGCUGAGGUUAAGAAGCAAAAUGAAAGUGCUCUGAAGCCGAAAAAAGUUAAAAAUAUCAGCCUGCAAGCAGUAGAAAACCACAAGCAAGAGAAUUUUGAGGUUAAGGAGAAAACUUUGAAGAAUGAAGGUCCUGCGCAGCAAAAAAAAGUUAAAGAUGUCAGUUUGAAGGCUGUAGACUUCAAGCAAGAAAUUUCUGAAGAUGCAGAGGAAAGGGUGAAAUAUGAACGUUCAUCACAGCAGAAGAAAGUCAAAGUUAUUAAUUUGAAGGCUCAGGACCUUGAGCAAGAGAACCCUGAAGAUGUGGAAGAGAAGGUGAAAAAGGAAGUUCCAUCACAGCCGAAAAAAGCAAGGCCACGAAAGAGAGCUCUGAAAUCUAGCAAAGCCAGAAAAAGGAAGCAGGUGAGGCCAGCUUCGAGCAAGCCUUGUGCAAGUGCCAAGCCAAAUGAUUUGGAGUCCACAAAGGGUGAAAACAUUGACGAUACUCCACUAGAAAUACUGCAGGAAUCACUACCAGUUGAUGCACCAGAAGAAAUGCAAGAGGAAUCCUUGCCAGUUGAUACUAUUGCAGAAGCUAUUGAAGCAGUUGUUGUAGCUGGUACAAAGAGGAAGGUGGGGCGACCUCUAAAUACCAAGACCAGGGCAAGGAUGCUUGCAGCAGCGAAACGCAAGGCAAAGAUGUUGAAGGGUGCCCCGAGAAACAAGAAGAUCAAGCUCAAGAAGCCCUCUGCACUGCCCAUGACACCUGCAUCUGACAGCGAAUCGUUGUGCACAUUGCCUUCUGCAGUUUCGUUGUCUGCUGCGCCAGGUGCAUCUGUUUCUGCUCCUUCAUCUGCUCGGCCUACAGGCCUAUGUCCAGUAAAUUCUGGUGGCAAGCCGCCAAAGAAGAAGUCUAAGACGGUCAGCAUGUCAGCCAAGGCUCCAGCUUCUACGAGCAGUGAACCACCUCAAGAUGACACACCUGUGGUGACAGUAACAAAGCCUUCGACUGAUGAUGGUACACAUCGGACCCGGCGGCGGAGAAGACGUGAACACCAGCUGCCAAAGAAGAAGUACUUGAAAGCAGGUCUUUAUUCAAGCUGCUUCAAAGAAGAUGGGAGUUUGUCCAAGGAUGGUGGGGAAGUUGCAAGUACAGAGACUUCACUACCAGAACAGCUGAGCUCGCUAAAUCUGAAUGCUGUACUGUGUUGGGCACCCUCACCCGACGGCUUCCACCUAACCACCACCUGCACUGUGCCCCCAGAGGAAAUGGUGGCCGCCACCAUCAAAACAGAGCCUCUCUGUGAAACUAACACGGAGGAAGAAGAAGAAGGUGGCCACACGGUGCCUAUGGAGGAGGAGAGGUGUGUGGGCCUAAUGCCAUCGCCCAUCCACGCUGGCAAGUACCUGCGCCAGAAGCGAGCCGACUUCCAGCUUUCUUAUGACAUUUGGUGGCUGCACAAGAACAAGCAGCUUCUUUAUAGCUACGAUCCAGUCAACAACUACAAACGGAUUAAAUCAAAUGUGUACGUUGACGUUAAACCGGUGUCCAAAUAUGAAGUCCAGAGCUGUAACUGUAGCCGACCGAAGACCAAAGUGGACAAGGGCUGUGGUGCAGACUGCCUGAACAGGAUGAUGUACGUGGAGUGCUCUCCAACGCUGUGCCCUUGUGGCGAUCAAUGUGGGAACCAGAAGAUUCAGAAGCACGAUUGGAGCCCAGGUCUGGAGCGCUUCAUGACCCGUGACCGAGGUUGGGGAAUCCGAACUCGGGAGUCGAUCAAGGCCGGUGAAUUUAUCCUCGAAUAUGUGGGAGAAAUAGUGAGCGAGCAAGAGUUUCGGCACCGGAUGGCUGAGCGCUACCGCAACGACGAGCACCACUACUGCCUCAACCUGGACUCGGGCAUGGUCAUCGACGGUUAUCGCAUGGCUGGGGAGGGACGAUUUGUCAAUCACGCCUGCGACCCCAACUGCGAGAUGCAGAAAUGGUCUGUGAAUGGCUUCUAUCGUGUUGGCCUUUUCGCCCUCAAGGAUAUUCCAGGCAACACCGAGAUCUGCUAUGACUACAACUUCCACAACUUCAACAAUGAACGCCAGCAAGAGUGCAAGUGCGGGAGUGACAAGUGCCGUGGCUUCAUUGGAGGCAAAAGCCAGCGGCUCAAUCCUCAGGCUAAGGAUAAGACCAAGGAAGGCACCAAGGGCACCUCAAGUCGUUCAGUUCGCAAGCAGCAGCGGGCACGUCACCAGCUGCGCCGAAAGAGAGAGGGCACCAAAGGUGAAGGCUGCACGACGGUCACGGAGCCUACUACAAUGGCAGCCCGGCUGAGUCAGCUGCAACUGAAGCCCCUCUCACACCAGCAACGCUGCUUUGUUCAAAAACACCGCUGCUUCCUUUUGCGCAACUAUGAUCGUGCCAAGCGAUCUUGUGCCCGAAAAUCGUCACGUGAUCGGCAGUCACAUGGGACCGGGUCUGAGCUAGCAGCAACCGGAGGGAAGAAGCAGUCAGUACACCCAGCUGGCCUGGGUGCAAAUGUGGCUUCAUCCACCACUGGGGCGGAAGAGGAAGAGGAGCGGGAAGAAGAGGCCUUUCGAACCCAGUUCACUGCACUCAACACAUCACGGUCUGUGCGCACUCGACAGCUGGCUCGUGCACAGGAGAACACACAGCUGGCGCGCACAGCACGCCUGGCACAGGUCUUCCGAGAUAUCUGCAGCUCUGUGCUGGCCUGCAAAGAUGAGAAUGGCAAGGUGCUCUCAACACCAUUUGUUAACCUGCCAUCAAAACGAAAGUGCCCAGGCUAUUUUGAAAAAAUUCACACACCCAUUGACCUCAACAACAUCGAGAAGAACAUUAUUACCGGGGAGUACAAGGACUUGGAGACUUUUGCAGCUGAUUUUAAUCUGCUUUUUGACAAUGCCGAGCUGUACCACAAAGACAACACGGAGCUGAUGACAUCUGUCGGCAAGCUGAGGCGUUGUUACGAAGAAGCCAAGUACCUAGUGGUUCCCAUCCUCGAGGACAUUCUUGGGGAGCCGGUGCCGUCGCACUUCAGCACUUACUCAGCCAACCACGAAAAACCUGCGGAGGAGGAUGAGGAGGUGAUCCGGUGCGUCUGCAACAUCUUCAAGGAUGAAGGCCUGAUGAUCCAGUGCGAGAAGUGCUUUGUCUGGCAGCACUGUGACUGCAUGGGUGUAAAUGGUGACAUAGAAAACUACCUGUGUGAAUUGUGCAAUCCACGUGAAGUUUGUUUGGAGAUUCCUUUGGGACCUCCUGUGGCCAACGGUGGCAUCCAGUCCUACCUAACACUCCUUAAAGGAAACUUGCAAGUCAAGCAGGGCGACUGUGUCUACCUGAGUAAAUUCAAGGACAAAAGCCCAUUGAAGCCGCUGGCCCAAGAGGUUCAAGGGGACAAGAAUACUUCAAAAGUGGCCGAAGAUAGUGUGGAAGUUGACAGCACUAAAGCUGAAGAUGCGGCAGCUGAAGAAGGUGGGGGAAAAUCAACGCUUCUCAGAAACUUGCAUGGCAGCAACAGCCCCAGUUCAGAAGAGGGUGGAAGCUUUGACGUUUUCCGCGUGGAACGCCUCUGGAAGAACGAAAGGGGAGAAAAAUUCAUCUAUGGUCACCACUACCUCAGGCCACACGAGACCUUUCAUGAGCCAACCCGCAAGUUCUACCACAAUGAGGUUUUACGAGUGCCCCUGUAUGAAAUUCUUCCUUUGGAAUGUGUCGCUGGGGCUUGCUGGGUGCUGGACCUGGCCACCUACUGCCGAGGCCGACCAAAGGGAGCAACAGAAAAAGACGUCUACAUCUGCGAAUAUCGUGUCGACAAGAGUGCCCGGCUUUUCUACAAGAUCAACAAGCCCCGGUUUCCUUUCUGCAUGAAAAGCUAUGCCUUUGACACCUUCGACGCAAAGCUUGCUCCAAAGAGAACGUACUCGCCUCGAAGCAAUCCUGUCGUAUACCAGAAACGCAGCCGAGCAAAGACAGCACAAGGGUUUCCCGAUGACCGGAGUGCUGAUAGGGAAGUGAAGAAGGAGCGCCUGGACAAGGUUGUGCGUCGUCUGGUUGCGUCUGCAGCAGCAGAGGAGGAUACCGAACUGCCACCGUCAUCUCGGCAGUAACUGCAGCAGGAUUGGUGCCCACGUUAGUGUGUGUGCUCGCGAUGGUGUCGCCUGCACUGAAGCUCCCUUGUGAAGCGAGACUGAGCACCUGCACAUUCAUUUGUGUGCCACCCAAUUUUCGAGGCAUUCUCUGUGUCCUCUAAGGAACUAUAUGGAGGCGGGACCUCUGAAAGUGCACUGCAGGAAGUGUGUGUGUCUCCUCUUGUACAGCCAUUGUUGUUCAGCGCUUCAUGAAUCCCACCUCAACAUUUGUAUGCAUCACGUUGCCCAUCAUGCAUUUCAUCAGGGAGCCACUGUUCACCACCAACUGUCCCCUGCAUCUUUCUUUGCCAAAUGUUGUUGACUUCCUGAAGCAGCAAAUAUGGAUUGCUAUGUUUCUUGUAAGCUGUUCUUUUUUUUUUUUGCAUUCACCACUUUGAUUUAUGCACUUCUGCACAUUUGCAUAUGCCUGCAAUGUGCAUGUCAUAGCUGCCAUAGAUUUUUUUCUUUUUCAAAAAGAAAGUACAAAACUGAUGUAAAUUGAAGAGGACCUAAUACUGGGCAGCUUUACGCGUUGCUGUGCAGGUUAGUAGCCACAUCAUUUUGGGAAGUGUUUCUUUAGUCAGCUUGUGUGGGGCAUAAUAUGUUACCACAUAUUACAAGAUUUGAGCUUGUAUGCUGCCAGAUUAGGGCAAUAAUGUCAAGUGAUUUGGGCACUGUAUUUAAAAUAUGUCAUGAUACAGCGCUGCAACCACAUUGCAUUUCUAAUGAGGUGAUGGCACAAGCUUACUUUCCCUUCUGCCAUGAUGAGUCUCUCUUUUAGGUUGUGGGUCAUUCGUGUAGACCUGGCACUGGCCCUUCGUGUGGGUUGGCUACAUUAUUGUCGAUAUCGAUGGGCAAGGGUACCUCAUGCAAAGCAUUUGAGGUGUGUCUGUCGAGGCUUUCGUUAUUUAUUUAUAUGUGACAUGUCACUUUUGUUGGCUUGCAUUGUUUUAGUAUCAAGUGGUUGCACUUUUACACAUUUCUCUUUUAGUGUGCCUAGCUCUUCUGCACUUCUCCCUUCCUGCCUUUUGUGUUGUACGCGUUUUUUCGACCGGUGCAUUCCCCCCCCCCCCCAACUGUGGAAACUCGAAGGGAGAAAUAGUCACUAACCCGAGUGUAGCAUGAAGCCACAGGAACUUAGCAUGUGUUCCUUAGAAUGAAAGCUUUGCAGUUGAAAGGGAAUUCAUCUUUCUCUUGAGACUGAACCCAAGACCUUUCCAAAGCAGCUGCUCUACUAUUGAACUAACCAGAGGCUUGCAGAUCGCAGAACUAAGUCGAAUUGAUCAAGAACUCUGAGCAGAUGGCUACCGGUUUACUAUAAGAACUCUGAUGGUAUAAAACUCGGAAAAUGUUCAGAUUCACGUAGCUCAUUUUGCACCAUUUCAAUGAAUUUUUCAUGUUGCAACUGUUGCAGGAAAAGGCACUCGCACAGUCUCUAGAGGUCUUUUCUUAAUUGUGUUGCGCCAUACCUCUGAUUUUAGUUUUUGAGAAUCCAGAUGCCAGCCACUUCAAGUCAUUGUAUAUAAAUACUCAGUGAUUUUAAAAGAAAACAGAAAUGGAUUUUCGAAGUGUGUUAAGUUGUUUUAUUGCUCGAACGACGUAUGGCAUCUCGAGUGCACAGUCUUGGGAAUAUACACCAUUUCUGUUCUUCAUACAGUUGCAACUUAACCAUCGUCUGUACAUAACAAAAGCCUUUGCUCUGUUCACAUUGAUAGGAUCAGCAUGUUUCAUCUUUCUUUCCCUGGUGUUAAGCCAUGUCUUCAUGUAUUAAACGUUAUUUUUGACAAAAACCA